AUGGCGUGGCCACGGCCGGCGAGGGUCAUCUUCGGCAAGUACGAGAUGGGCAGCCUUCUCGGUGAAGGCGCCUCAGCCAUGGUCUUCCGCGCCCGCCACAUCACCUCCGGCCACACCGUGGCCAUCAAGGUGUUCCGGAAGCCCUGGCGCCGCCCCGGCUCGUCCGCCCCCGUCGAUUUCUUCAUCCGCGAGAUCUUUGCUCUUCGACGCCUCCGCCACCGCCACAUCAUCUGCCUCCACGAGGUCCUCGCCUCCCGGUCCAAGGUGUACCUCGUCCUCGAGUUCGCGCGGGGCGGGGAUCUCUCCUUCCGCUUGAACUCCCGCGGCCACUUUUCGGAGGAGCUCUGCCGCCGGAUCUUUCGUCAGCUCCUUUCGGCCGUCGCCUACUGCCACUCUCGCGGCGUCUUUCACCGGGACCUCAAGCCCGAUAACCUCCUUCUCGACGACACCGGCAACCUCAUGGUCUCCGACUUCGGGUUGGCCGCCCUUGGCCGCUCUUCUUCAGAAGGCGGUAACGGUGACCACCUCCUCAGCAGCCAACGCGGGACGCGAGGAUUCAAGGCGCCGGAGAUCCUAUCAAGGCAGGAUUACGACGGGGCGAAGGUGGACAUUUGGUCGUGCGGGGUGAUCCUCUACCAGCUCAACGCCGGCUACCACCCCUUCAAGGACCACGACAACCCCAUGUCGCUCUACCGCGAGAUCCACCACCAAGGCCACCGCAGCUUCCCCCUCCGGACGCCACCCGCUCUCCGCCGCCUCAUCGCCCGACUCCUCGACCCCAACCCCGCCACCCGCAUCUCCAUUGAUGACAUCCUCCGCGACUCCUGGUUCGCCAAGGACUUUGACGCCGACCAGUGGGCGGCCAUGACGCGGCCCCGCCGCAACAACCCCGGCGCCGGGCAGCACGACCGCCGGCUUGGCGGUGAGCUCACCGCCUUCGACAUGAUCGUCUCCUCCCCGGGGCUCGACCUCUCGGGCCUCUUCCUGGAUACGGCGUCGCGAGAGCGAUUCGCAUCGGUCGAGCCGGUGGACAAUAUCAUAGACCGGGUCGAGCAGGUGGGGAAGGCAGACGGCUUGUCAGUGGUGAGGGAGGAGUGGGAGAGGCGGUCGGGCGCGGUGGUCGAGGGGCAAAACGGAGAUUUCAUGCUGAAGGUGGAGGUUUACCGGUUAACCGGCGACACCUCGGUGGUGGAGGUGUAG